AUGAGUUUUACUGUUGGGUACUUAAAAUUUAUCUAUCUAUCUAUCUAUCUAUCUAUCUAUCUAUCUAUCUAUCUAUAUCUAUUUCCAUCUAUCUAUCUAUCUAUCUAUCUAUCUAUCUAUCUAUCUAUCUAUCUAAACUAUCCCUUUCUUUCUUUCUUUCUUUCUUUCUUUCUAUCUAUCUAUCUAUCUAUCUAUCUAUCUCAUUUUCAUAUCUAUCUAUCUAUCUAUCUAUGUCAUUUUAAUAUGUAUCUAUCUAGCUAUCUAGCUCAUUUUCAUAUCUAUCUAUGUCAUUUUUAUCUAUCUAUCUAUCUCAUUUUCAUAUCUAUUUAUCUAUCUAUCUAUCUCAUUUUCAUAUCUAUCUAUCUAUCUAUCUAUCUAUCUAUCUAUCUCAUUUUCAUAUCUAUCUAUCUAUCUAUCUAUCUAUCUAUCUCAUUUUCAUAUCUAUCUAUCUAUCUAUCUAUCUAUCUAUCUAUCUAUCUAUCUAUCUAUCUAUGUCAUUUUAAUAUCUCAUUUUCAUAUCUAUCUAUCUAUCUAUCUAUCUAUCUGAUGUAUGCGGGCGCGCGUGUGAGAGGGGGGGAUUUACUCAUCCGCUUCUUUCUUUGGAAGCUGCUCGUGAGCAAGACCCCACCCUCCGCCUUCGCCUCCGCCUCUGCCUUUGAAGUUUUCUUUCUCCCCCGUAGACUGAAAUGUUGUUCUGCACCUCGCCAGGAAUUUCUUCAUGCUCCACUCUAUAUAAAUCUAUUUUUAUUGCCAGUGACUUCCGUGACCGACAAUGGUAUUUUUGUCUCGAGCAAGAAGAGAAAGGGAAUUGUUGAAAAGCAGAAAAUAGCAACUCUUUUCGCUGUUGAUUAG